UUUAUCCCGAAACCAUUCGACGCUAGUCGCUAGAUAAGAAGAGGAAUUAUUAUGUAGUCUAUGGCACCGAAUGGCCACUUUGGUCAAUGCUUACUCCACCACAACCAGUACCAAACAGCAACAAAACAAAAAACUACCAUUAAAUAAACUAACAAACAUGCUAGUUUUGCAUUUGCUUUGGCACCAUUAAGUAUACAGUACAGCCCUUUCUUCAGACAACUUCUGCCGCAUUGGAAAGGGGCAUUUGGAGCAAGUCCCCUCAAAGCCUUACCAUUUCAAAGGGUACUAACCAGCAAGCAGAUGGGCGAAUGUUUGUUGCGGCAUUCGUUUUGGCAAAGCUUCACUUCCGACACAAUAAAUCUCCUUUGUCUGGCCCCUUGCUCGACGGAGUGUAGCAUAACGCCAUGUUAUUGCAGCUCGUUUACAGUACCGUGUGCGUCCCCGCAUAGAUGGCCACGUUUCUUCCAACGCAACUCCAAACCUUUGAAUGAGGAGGAAAAAAAAAGAGAUCCUCCCCCCCCUAACUAACAAAGGAAAUGGUUGGAUUCAAACAGUGCAAAAGAUCUUCCAUCUACCGUCACAAAAUGUCCGCUCGACGAGACGAAUCCUGCGAGAGUGUCCUCCACUAUUGCAGCAUUAAAAUUGGCACAGUGUGCGGUUGCUAACACAGGGAUUGUCAGGCAGCUGGCGAUGUAGGUUGAACGACUUUUGCCUUCGACACAGGACCACGGCAACAGUGUUGUCGCAUCGGCUCGGUACACCCGAGACGGUGUCAGUCGUGUGUUGCUGCGGUGCUGGAAGGAUGUUUCCCUUAGUGGACCGGCCAGCUGCCGGUCGUACCGAUGCUAUGCGUUUCGGUAAACAGUGUGUGCAGUGGCAAGAUAAACAUACACACAAUAUUGGCAAUUGCUGAUGGCUAGAGUGUGUCGAGGAUUGCGGACAGGGAAAAAGACGAGCAGGGAACGGGAACUGUCUGUUACAUCCAUGGCGUGGCGGAUAUUGAAAAAUUUAAUUACGAAUCUAGGACGUGCAGCUCGGGUUGCUGUUUGACUCGGUGUUGUGGUACUUUUACCGGUUUUUUGCUUUCAUCGAUGGCCAAUAUCCGUUUUAUUUUUGUGAUGUACAGGCAACAAACAUCAAGUACCUUUGCCUUUUGUGGAUGUGGUGAUAAAGUGUGUUAGUGUGUUAAAGGUGACAAAGGGAAAAACAGAUUUCCUGAAUAUUUAUAGGUUUAUAGCCAUUUUGAAUAGAUAAAAAAAGAGUACAAGAACACUUAAUAAUAUUAUAUCCUAUUUCAUCGAUUUUCGGUUUUACGCCUGAAUGUAUGCAACGCGGUUUAAAAACAUUUACUUUUAAUGGGUGAUUUCCAAACCAAACUGUACCUUUCUUCGUAUUUAUUUUAAGAAAAAACUCUCGACAGUUCUUCUCUAAGUGUAAGACGAUUUAUUUAUGUUUUGAAUAUAAAUACCACUCUUCACUUUGAUGAUGUGAGAUUUUAAGGGCAGUGAUUUAAGACGUCAAUAUCAUUGAAUAUAUUUAAAGUUUUCCUUUUCUAUCAAGAUGAAAAGAAACUUAGAAUCUUUCUAGUUUCGAGCUAGUCGUUUGAUCAAGUCACAGUGGAUCAACAGUUCCACUGCCAGAGUGUAACCUAAACAGUUCCAUGCUAACUGUAGCUAUUGAGGAAAAUAUGUACAAACAUAAACAAACCACCCUUGAACAAGAGUUUGAACCCCUACCGACCAUUCCUAAUUAGGUCUAUUUAGUGAUCAAACUGUUUAGACGAUCCAUUUCCGGUUUGUGUUAAAUAUUUACGCAAAAACUGUGGCUCCAUUUCGUUCUGAUCGAGUGGUGAAGUUCCUUCUGGCGGCCUAUUAGCCGCACAUAAAGCAAACGGAAUCGGUCAUUUCGUUCCGUAACCGUCAAAAUAACAGUAAGCUGUCGCGUGCUAUUACUCAGAAGAAUUUUUCGAUUUAAUCAUAUUUUUUUUCUUUCUUGCUUAUGGUUGACGCGGGGUCGAUAAAUGUUAAUUUGAGGCUCGUAAAGCAUUAUUAUCCCCCCCACCACCCAAAGGGGCAAUAGUGGCCACGAUUCGGUGUGACUUAUUUUUUCUUCAACCCGAAACCUAUGUUGUCUGAGUCAUCCGUUUCGGGUGGACAAAUUCCGGACGACGUUAAAUGGCUGUAAAUGAGCCAACACUCCGCACCCAUUAGCACCACAUAUGUACACGUUGGGCCAAGGGUUCCGAUUACUCCUUGGAAAGUUGUGGACGUGAAUCGUUUGUUCCGAUGUUUGUAAGCUUCAGUUUCAGAGCGGUUUCUACAAUCGAGUGCAUUGUGGUGCGGCGCGAAUGACGCGAAUCGUUUCAAAAAACACGUGCUUCUGGAUAGAAUAUUCUAUCGAUUAGCUGCUAGUAGCGGUUCGCUCAGGUUUCAGUUCAAGUGUGUGCUUGUACGGGAAGUAACUGCCGGUUGUCAACACGUGCAAACUGAUUCUGUGCCUGCUGAGGGAAUAGAAUGUGACGAAGAACAUUAAGACAUUUAAAUAACAAACGCUAGUAUGAAAAGUUUCAACCCGCAUGAGUUUCUAUUGGAAGCUUCUCGAUCAUUCACGCUCUCGAAAAUUGGAUGUAAUUAAAUCAAUUACCAACAAUGAGUAUGAGGAACUAUUUCGGGAACUCUUAAUAAAACCCAACGAUCUUACGCUCCAAAAACCAACGCAAUCAAUUUAGAUGAUCAAGGCUUGACGUAUUCUUCACAGCAGCAGCAGCAGCAGCAGCUACAAUAACAAACCACUCCCCGACAGUUUAAACACUUUUAAUCGAAGUGAUCCACGAGCGUGGCCGUACGCCCGGGAAGAACAGUCCAAUUAAAGUGUGUUAAAAGUGCGUCCGCGUGGGUUUCGCUGUGAGUGAUCGAUCGAUUAGUGCCCGAGGGUGCGCGGUGGGUUAAGUGAUCGCGAACAAACACAUCCUUGGUCGAAUGUCGUACGGACGGUGAACAAAUGUUUUGCCCGAGUAACGAAACGCUUCAGAGCAUUACGGAAAAGACGAAACUGCUGGCCCACAAAUGUACGCAGCAGAUACGCCACAAUACCGCAGCCUCGACGAACAGCGAUGGAGCGGGCGGUACGACAGGUGUUCAGCAACAGUCCGCACCGGGCGUUGAUCCUCAGCGAUCGUGCAGCAAGGAUGGGCCGAAUGCGAAAGAGGACCGACCCGGUGGAAUGGCUGGUGGGACACUGCGUUGCUUCUGUCCGUGUAAGGGAACGAUCGGCAAACUGAUAGGCAGGAAGGUUGCUGCUGCUAGCAAGGAGGGUCAGAGUCAGCGUACCACCAAGUGGUAUGUCAAGCAGCCCACCUGGCGGUUAUGGGGUGAAGAACGUGAGGAGAACGCCAUCUACACGGUUUACCUUAAGAAGGUCCGGUACCAUCGACCAACACCCAGUGCCAGCAGCCAAGAUUCCGAUGAUGAAAUAUCGCACCUCGAGUGGGAAACCGUGCGGGUGCGGUUCGUUAAGGCGGCCACCUUAGCGCGGCUGGUCGAUGCCCUCGCAACCGACGACGGCGAACUCGAGAGCACGUUCGUGAACGUGUUCCUCAACACCUACCGUACCUUUGCCCAGCCGGAAAAGGUGCUGGAACUGCUGCUCGACCGGUACGAGAAGCUGCACGCUGAACCGGCCCUACUACAGCCCGAAUCCCUAUCGGACCAGCACAAGAAAACUCUAGUCUCUGUUCUUCACGUGUGGCUCGAUGGGUUCCCCGAGGAUUGGGAUACGGAUAAUUUGCAACGAUUGCUAGCAUUCACCUCAAAGCGUUUGCCAAAAUCGGAAAUACAUAUGAAAGCUUUAAAUAGGUUUACCCAUAGGUUAGAUAAGUACAGUAGAAUACCACCACCGCUGCCAUGGUCUAACGAUUAUCACGAUUUCGCCGACCAGUUCGGUGGCCUCUGUUUGACACCAGCAUUCCGUGGUCCACCGUCCCACCUGCUUAAUUCGUACCGCUUUCCAAACAUUCCGGUCAAGCACUUUGCCGAGCAGCUGACCCGCAUGGAUAUGGAGCUGUUCAAGCGGCUGAUACCGCACCAAUGUCUCGGUGCGAUUUGGUCGAAUCGGGACAAGCACGAGUGUAGUUCGGUGCUGGCAACAGUAACCCAGUUCAAUGCCGUCUCAUUUCGCGUGAUCUCGAGCAUACUGAUCGAGCCGCGACUUAAACCACAGGAACGGGCCCUGCUCAUCUCGACGUGGAUCGAUAUUGCGCAGGAGCUGCGAUUGCUGAAGAACUUCUCCUCACUGAAAGCGAUCAUUUCCGGCCUGCAAUCCAACGCGGUGUAUAGGUUAUCGAAGACAUGGGCCGUAUUGCCAAGGGAUAAGUUGGAGCUUUAUAACGAGCUGGCGCGGAUAUUCUCCGAAGACAAUAAUGCGUGGGCACAGCGCGAGGUACUGAUGCGCGAGGGAACGGCCAAGUUUGCGGACACAGUUGGCGAGAACGAUCGGCACUUGCAGAAGGUGUUCCAGAAGCAGAACACCCUCAUCAGCCACGGUACGAUACCGUACCUCGGUACAUUCUUAACCGAUCUGACAAUGAUCCAUGCUGCCAUCCCGGACACGUUACAAGAUGGGUUGAUCAAUUUCGACAAACGUCGAAAAGAGUUCGAGGUUCUGGCACAGAUCAAGCUUCUCCAAGGGGCGGCUAAUACGUACCAUUUACCGGACGAUCCACUGUUUGAUCGAUGGUUCGCUUCGUUGCUGGUGCUUGACGAACGGGAAGCACAUACGCUGAGCUGUUCGUUAGAGCCUGCGCCCGAAAUGACUAAACGACCACCAACGCAACAUCCUGGCGGUGGUACAGGUGGAGGUGGAGGAGGUGGCGGAACUCCAGGACAUAAGAAGAGCGAUUCGAUAGCGUCGAACUCGAGCAGCGGAGCAGGUUCUCAGUUCUACUGUGAUAUUAACAGCACAUCCAACGCAAGCUAUAGCUCACGCAACAACUCUCUCGAUCGUGACGCUACUCCACCGAAUGCUUCGAUCCUGUCCGCUGCUAGUAGUGUGUCUUCCCUAUCGAUGGACUCCACCACGUCAGGCAGUCAGCGAUCAAACCACAACGGAGGUGUUGGCAGUGUACGUACUCCACAAUCUAACCGAUCGCAAGCCAACGGUACGGUGGCGAACCGAAGCGCCAAUGGUACCAGAGACCUCGAGGCGCCCAUCAUUAAUGGGCAGCUGGUGCAAAACUCACCACUGAAGAGUAGCUCGCCCGAUUUCUACAUCAUCAAGGUGACGUACGAGACGGAACAGGUCGAACUGGAUGGGAUCGUGUUGUACAAGAGCAUCAUGCUUGCGAACAACGAACGUACACCGCAGGUCAUCCGGAACGCGAUGCUUAAGCUCGGCCUUGAAGGUGAUCCAGAUCGCUACACCUUGGCGCAGGUGCUUCCCGACAAGGAACUACUGCUACCGAACAAUGCAAACGUAUACUACGCAGUCAACACCGCAUACAACCUUAAUUUCAUCCUGCGACCGAAGAAGGACACUACGGGUAGUAGCUCCUCGGUUCCGAGUUCCACCGGUCGUCCCUAGGACACGGGAUCGGAUGGUUUUUUUGUAAUCUCAGCUCGCCGACGCGAGUUCCAGCAGAUUUUGUACAUUUAUUUUAAGCCUAGUGAAUAUUUGGAAUUGGACGUUUUGUUGCUUGUUUUUUUUUUUUUAACCCAACGAUACCAUUCUCUAUAUCGCGUACCAUACGUAUCCAGUUAGAGUAUUCUUUCACACGCACACGGCUUUGUGUGGUUGUGGUUAUUUUAUCUUAGAUUCUAUAAGACGCUAAGAAGUCGACACAUUUAACAGGUAGGUAAGCAGCGGUUCAGGUUUUGAAGCUGAAUUGACCCAAAGGGAAAACUGAAACUUGCAUCAAUACACACAUACACAUAUCCACAAACGGUGGACGGUGCAGUAUAACUGAAGGUAUUAUUAGGGGAGAGUAACUUCAACAACUUAUAACAAAACCUUUCAACAUGCAACUAACAUGCAAGACUAGCAGGGACGGAUAACGAAUGCCAACAAACCUCCUUCUACCAGGUGUGCCCGUUUGAGGAUAGAGUUUUUGGAAGUGUUUAUUUGUUCUGUGUUUUGCAAAAAUUUUGAAACCGAUGUUAGUCCGCUAAUGGCAUAUCGUAGCGCUUGGAGUUAAAGCUCCGUACGAACCGUGGUACUAUUUCUGGAUCUAUACAACAGAAAUAAAGUGGCAUCGAACGUGUGCGUGUUUUAUUCCUACCCGCAGCACGCAGCAAGUAUUUUACUAGGAUAUUAAUAAACUGAAAACACAACUAUUCCAAACUCA